UGAGAACACAAUGUUGCACAACUCUAAAAUUGUUUGAAAUGUCAUAAACAUGUGUUUAUGAGGUUAUGAAUAAGGCUCAUACUUCAUACUAAGCAUUUAUAAUUUUAAUGUUAUAAAAUGAGUAAGAAGCUGCAUAAUUUGAAAUGGGAGACGGUAGCUUUAGAAGGCGUGCCGACGGACAACCUCCAGGGCUUCAUAGGACUGGAAGAAUGUACCGAUUACGGUAUGGACAGAGAUAGUAAAAGAGCGAAAAAGAAAAAAGAAAAGGAACAGACAAAGAAACGCAAACAAAAUGAUAAUGACCUCAAAGUAGUUCCAAACAAAAAAGUAAAAUUAUCAAAUGGUUUUAUAGUAGAAUCUUGUAAUACAACAAUACCAUCAAAAAGCAAUGAAGUAAUAAAAGAACCAAAUAGUAAAAAAAAGAAACAGAAAAAAGAUAAAAAUGAGAAGAAAAAUGCUAUAAACAAAGAUAAUAUGAAUAAAGGGAAUAAAAAAGUAAAUAAACCGAAAUUAGGUGAAGAUAUAACACAAACGCAGUCCAAUUUGACUCCAGAGGACAUGUUGACGUGGGCAGAAUUCAAACUACCAGAGUCCAUUAUGAAAGCAUUAACCGAAUUGGGUUUUAAAAAGCCGACAAAAAUUCAAGAGUUGACUUUACCUGCAGCCAUACAUGGUCGGCGAGACAUCCUAGGUGCAGCUGAAACUGGUAGUGGUAAGACACUUGCCUUUGCUUUACCUAUAUUAUCAGGAAUUCUGAAACUAAAAGAAAAAGCUGAAGCCAAAGGGCUAGAUGUCUAUGACAUACCAUAUAAAAAGGUAUCAGUUAAAAAGAAAAAUGUAGAAGAGGCAAAAGAAAUACUGAAUAACAAACAAAGAUCGAAAGGUAUAAACAGAAAAGAUAAAAAACCUAAAAUAAACAAAUCUGCUAAAACCAAUCAAGGAAAAGAAUCGUCAGAAGAUGGAUAUGGUAGUGGGGAUGAUUCCGAUGACCAAGAAAGUGGUGAUGAAGCGACUAAUGCAGAUGAUAAAAGUGAUGAAGAAUAUUUAGAGGAAAUUGAAGUGCCUUUGAGAAAGAAGAAAGAUUUAUCUGAGGAAGAUGAUUCAGAUGAUGAAAACUAUGUACAUUUGUCUGAAAUGAUCGAUUCCGAUGACUUGGCGGAAUCUGAUGAACAGUCGGAACAGGAUGACAAUAGUGAAAUGGAUGAUGAAUCAGUAGAUAGUGGGGAAGGUAAUGAAGAAGUUGUUGAAAAUGCCUCAGGUGAUGAUGUAGAAAAUGAUGAAUCUGGAACUGAUGAAGAAGCUAAAGCAGAAAACGAAAAUGCUGGAAAUGAAAAGAGCAUAGGACUGGUUAAAAUGAUAGAUAAUGUGGAAAUACCAGGUCAUGUGGUGGUGAAAACCGGGAAACCGUUGUACGCCCUGAUCCUGACGCCAACCAGGGAGCUGGCAAUACAGAUCAGCAGGCAUAUCAUAGCAGCGGCUAAAUACACGGGUAUUAGAGUGGCGACGAUAGUCGGCGGCAUGGCAGCGGUAAAGCAGGAGCGGGUGCUCCGCUGCGGGCCGGAGAUCGUCGUGGCGACUCCCGGACGGUUGUGGGAGCUCGUCAAUCAGGGACAGCCGCAUUUGCAGCAACUCUCCUCUGUCAAGUUCCUAGCGAUAGACGAGACGGACCGCAUGGUGGAGCGAGGCCACUUCGAGGAGUUGCAGCCGUUGCUGGAGAGGCUGAACGCGGAGGAGUCGCGGCGCGACGCGCGACAGAACUUCGUGUUCUCCGCCACGCUCACCAUGGUUCACGAACUGCCCGCGCAUUUGAAGGGCAAGAAGGUGACGAAGAGAGGCAAGAUAUUGAACAGAAAGAUCCAGAAGAUGACGCCGAAGCAGAAGCUGGACCGGCUGGUCAAGAUGAUCGGCAUGACUGAUCCCAAGGUGGUGGACAUCACAGCCACCAACUUAGGAACCGCGGAGACGCUCACAGAGAGUCGCAUAGCGUGUUCUUUAGAGGACAAGGACCCGUAUUUGUACUACAUACUGCGACGGCAUCCGGGCAGGACCAUCGUGUUCUGCAACUCCAUAGGCAGCGUUAAAAGGUUGGCUCAACUGCUCACAACGUUGAAAUGCAAACCUUUACCGCUACACGCAAACAUGCAGCAGAGACAACGAUUGAAGAAUCUAGAAAGGUUCCGCGACGACCCCCGCGGCGUGCUGGUGGCGACGGACGUGGCGGCGCGCGGGCUGGACGUCCCGCACGUGGCGCACGUCGUGCACUACCAGGUGCCGCGCACGGCCGAGAACUACGUGCACCGCAGCGGACGCACCGCGCGCGCCCGCCGCGAGGGACUCACCAUACUCAUGAUGGAGCCCGCCGAGGCCUAUCUGUACGGGAAGCUCUGCGCCACGCUGAACAAAACCUCAGAAGUGCCCACAUUCCCGGUGCCUGCUCACAGCCUGGCGCCGCUGAAGGAAGUGGUAAAGCUGGCGAGAGACCUGGACGCCCUGGAGUUGAGGAGACGCCGCGCGGCACAGUCCGUAGGCUGGAGGGAUAAGGCAGCCAGAGAGAUGGACAUCAUCGUAGAUGAUGAUGACUUACCAGUCAAGCAAGUGGACCCGUCCAUAGACAAGGCGAUACAAGCGAAAAAGAAACAAUUGGAGUACAUGCUCUCACGGCCUAUGUUCCCAAAAGGAUUCUCGUUCAAGUACCCCACGUUGAACGAUCCCACUGCGCUGAAUCAACCAGAGGAGAAGGCUUUACAGGUAAUGAAGAAGGCAAUAGAAUCAGGAGCGAUCAAGAAAGAUAAAAGAAGAAGCAAGAACGAAUCUUUAUUCAAGCUAGAGAAAGCUAUUAAAAAGAACAAUAAAAACAAGAAAAAAUAAAUAUAUUUUUUUAGA